UUUACGACACUGUUGACAGCUGUAGUACUUCUUGGCGAGUUUCUCCAGUUGGUGUCCGUUGCUUGCACAUUUUAAGUUAUGGUUUAAGUGUCCACCAAAGCUGCAGAUAAAUGAGUGUUUUUGAUUUAUUUCGCGGCUUCUUCGGGGUACCCGGAGGCAAUUAUCGUGGCCGGAGGGACCCUUUCUUCGAUGCCAUGACUCAUGACGACGAUGAAGAUGAAGAUGAUGAAGAUGGAUUCCACUAUGAUGGGUUCAGUGGGGAGCAGCAGGACCCAUUUGACAGCGCCUGGAGGUUUGGCUUCAGUUUUGGCCCGGACGGGAUGCGGAUUCAGGACCCCCCGAUGUUUGGCCACGUCCUCAGGGAGAUGGAGGAGAUAUUCUCCCAGCUGGGUCGUUGGGAGGGACAUCCAGAGUCUGGACGCUUUGAUGUUCCCCACAUCAUAUCACCACCACCGUCUCAGGACAGAGCAGAGAGAGGACGAGGAAGCUCCAGUGGAAACCCUCUGAGAGACUUUAUGCUCAAAUAUCCUGACAGCGACACACAACAACGAUCCAAAGAGCCCCGAGGUGAUCACAGACCUUCUUAUGAGUCACCUGAAUUUCAUGGCCGGACCCCUUUUUCCAGGUUUAAUGAUAUUUGGAGACACAAAACUCCAGAGGAGGGGCACAAAGGUGACAGAGAUCUGGACUCGGCUGUGUCCUCUGGUGGCUUGGAUCAGCUUCUGACGCCACCUGCUGGUCAGGCACCCGACCAGCCAAGAACUCGGUCUUUCUUUCAGUCUGUCACUGUCACUAAGGUGGUGAAGCCUGAUGGGAGUGUAGAGGAGAGGCGUACGGUAAGAGACGGCCAAGGCAACGAGGAGACCACGGUGACUCGCUCGGGAGGUUCUGGGAUUUCUGGGGGACCAGAUCAUUCGAAUGGACCCGUGCUGCCAGGUCAGCCUGUCUCCGGUGAUCCCCACCGCUUCUCAAACUUGCGGGAUGAUGGCUCAUUAUUCUCCAGGUUCUUUGGAGGCUUUAAAUAAAAUGUGAAGGAGUUAUUAGA